AGGUUGCCUAUUUUUUAUGCAACACAUACGCAAUAGGUGUCGCUCCAUUUCGAUCAAAUCAAUUAUAAAUCACUUCAAAUCGGAUCAGACCGUCUGCCCAGACACAAACGGCACUGUAAACAGUGUGUCAACGAUUUUGAAAGCAAUUCCGUUGCGGCUAACAGUCUUUCAGAUACGCUUUCUUUUGCAAUUAUUUCAAUUUCCAGUACAUUUCAAUUUCAUUUUCAAUUUGUAAUUUCAGAAUGGAAAAUAUAAUCCAACGCCUUGCGGUACCUCCUCUUACCAAGGCCCAACAAUUCCUCAUCAACCUGUUGUGCGGUAUAAUUUUUUCUGUAAAAAUAUUGAUAAUGUUGGUCUUGAGUGAUAAAAACAACGUGAUAAUUACUGUUAAAGAAUAUUACGAACGGAGAUCGGACAAAAAUUGCAAAGCUGUUGAAAAAUUGAAAAAUGAAAAUAUAACUUUGCUGGAAGAAACAAUAGCACUUCGAGCACAAGUCUCACAGUUGGUCCAAGAAAAGAGUCUUUUACUUGAAAAACUAAGAGCAACGACAAACAUGCUCAGAAUUUUGACCAAAUCGAAAGAAGAGGCGACAAGCUACAAAACUCCAACCAAAAUCAACAUAUAUGAUGUAGAUUAUUUACUCCAAAAAAAGUUAAAUAAAUCUACUUGUGGUGCUGAUUAUAAGAAGAAGGUCCAAAUCAAAUCUCGGCCAGCACAAGUUGUGCACAAAAAGGAGGCAAAAAAAUGUGUAGGGCGCAAUGGCAAUGAGACUGUGCCUUACGUAAAAAACACAGACACAGAUAAGAAAAUCAUAGCGUCUUUGCCAUUGAGAACGCAAUCAAAAAUGUUACAAAGUCCAUUAUCAAAGAAAUCUUUUCAAGGUAAAGGCAGAGAAAAUCACGCGAUAGAAACCGGUAGCUUGAGAAUCUCCAGAACCAAAGUUACAGGGAUAUUCGAACCGAAAACCGUAGGUAACACUCGAGCAGCGAAAAAGCGUACGGAACUAAAGACUGGUGAAUUAAAAAUACAUAAGAAGCUCGGUCAAACAUUUAUUGUUCAUUACUAAGCAGGCUUGUAACUUCGAUCGUUUGUUCUUGUUUUUAUACUUAGUUCGUCAUACAUCUGUUUUUAAUUCAUCGUAACUGAUGUAGAGUAACUCGAUGAUUUUAUUUUUAAAUUGUCCAAUGUUUCGUUUUGAUCAUUUUGUAGAAUAAAGUUUAUGUGAUUUGAUAAUUACGGUACCUCAUUCGUUUCGCUAAAAAAGAAAAAAUAUCGUUCGUCCUGCUUGCAUAGUGUUUGUCGAAGGUAAGAUAUAUCGCUGCCUUUUUUGUAUUCUCCGACACUCCGAGUGCGCAGUCGGGAAAAAUUGCAAAGUACGCAGUAAGGUAGGACUCGUCGAAGGUGCUGAAAAGCCCAACAGAGCACGGAAAAGAGCGAGCGGUUGCGAAGCUGUGAAACGCGGGGGCGGCCACAUGCUUGGUCGUAGCUGCGCGUGCCCGUGGCUAUUGAUUAGCGCGCUCGAUGAGUGUUCGCGAGCG